AUGUCUCUCCUCGGAAAGAAGUUCCCUGCCCCUGUGGCCAAGCCUAUGGCUCCUUUCUUCGCUGCCGGUGUCGUCAUCCUCUACGGAGUCAACUCUCUCGCCAACGCUCUGAUGAACACCGAGGAGUUCAAGAACGAUCCCCGCAACCCUAACGCUAAGAACGUCAAGCACUGA